AUGUACAUCGGAAUAGACGUGGGAACAGGCUCGGCAAGGGCAUGCAUCAUGGAUGAAAGUGGUGAAAUUGUAGCAUUGGCUAGCAAGGACAUCAAACGAUGGGAACCUAAGCAAGACUACUUCAACCAAUCUGUGGCAGACAUUUGGGAAGCCGCGUGUUAUUGCACCAAGAAAGCUCUCAAGGAUGCAAACGUAGAACCCGCUCAGAUCAAAGGGCUCGCUUUUGAUGCAACGUGCUCUUUAGUCGUUUGCGACGAUAACUUAGAGCCAAUUGCUGUUGGCCCAAACUGGGAAGACUCUACUCAGAACAUCAUUCUAUGGAUGGAUCAUAGAGCGCCCAAGGAAACUGACGAAAUUGCCGCAACAAAUCACUCUUUGCUAAAGUAUGUUGGGGGUAAAAUGUCGAUCGAAAUGGAAAUCCCCAAGAUUAUGUGGUUAAAGCGAAACAUGCCCGAGGGGAUGUUUGCUAAAUGCCAUUUUUAUGACCUCGGAGAUUAUUUGACAGAUAGAGCUACAGGAGUCAAUGCGAGGUCUUUCAACUCUGUCGUUUGCAAGCAGGGAUUCGUGCCGCAAGGCGUGGAUGGCUCCAAGGACGGCUGGAACUCGGAGUUCUUCGAUGAAGUGGGCCUAGGAGAACUAAAAAGCGACCACUUCAAACGAAUGGGCGGUGUUCCAGGAGUAAAUGGGGUUUUUCAUAGCCCCGGUGAAAAAGUUGGAAAUUUAUGCCAGAAAGCUGCUGAGGAGCUUGGCUUGACUACCUCUACAGUUGUCGGAUCGGGAAUCAUCGACGCUUAUUCUGGCUGGAUUGGUACUGUCGCCGCUAAAUCUGACAGUGCUGUUGAUAAAGAGGACUUCUCAAGCCGCCUAGCUGCUGUAGCAGGUACCUCUACUUGUCAUAUUGUGGUAUCAAAGGAUCCUAUUUUUGUGCCUGGUGUUUGGGGCCCAUACAGAGAUUCUUUAAUCCCCGGCAUGUGGUGUGCCGAAGGAGGCCAAUCCACAACCGGUGAGCUCUUACAUUUUGUGCUCACGACGCAUCCUGCCCACACAGAGCUCGAAGCGAAAGCCGACCAGGGUGGGCUCUCCAAGUUUGACAUUUUGAAUGACUUGUUGGGUGAAAUGAGAAAGCAAAAAAGUCUGGACUCUGUUAUUUUGCUCAGCAAGGACUUGUUUUUCUAUGGUGAUCUUUACGGCAAUAGAUCUCCUAUUGCAGACCCUGCAAUGAGAGGUUCAAUUACAGGUAUCUCCAUGGACACAUCCUUAGAAAACCUUGCUAUCACUUAUCUUGCAACGGUCGAGUUUAUUUGCCAGCAAACAAGGCAGAUUAUUGAAGCGAUGGUGAAAGCGGGACAUGAAAUCAAAACAAUUUAUUUGUCCGGAGGUCAGUGCCGAAACAAACUUUUGGUCCAGCUGCUUGCUGAUGCGACGCAGUGCCCUGUUGUUAUCCCCAAGUAUAUUGAUGCUGCAGUGGUUUUUGGAACUGCCAUUUUGGCCGCUCAAGCUGCGUCACCUGGCAAAUCUCUGCUGGACGUCAUGAAGGCGUACAGCUGCGCCGGUCGUUGUGUUCAUCCCGAGAGUAAAGACUCACUAACCGUAAAAUUGCUGGAUACAAAGUAUGAGAUCUUUUUGGAUCAGGCAGACCGUCAACGCAAAUAUAGAGCGCUUGUAUCUCAAGCACUUUCUAGGUAG